AAUAAUGUAACUGAUCAAUGCAAACUGGAAAUUUACUGUAACAAUGCGGCUAUUUUUGUAAAAAAUCGUAAAAAUUAUACAUAUAUUUGGAACACAAGUGAAGUGCGAAUCGCACUUUUCAGGGUAAAUUUUGAGAACCGCCAAGGGCGAGAUGAAGUUUCGUGACAAUGGAAAGGUCCUUUGGAAUUUCGCAAGGAUAUCGGCUGUGCAACAGACUCGACAUACGUUCGGCAAACGAAUGCUUAUUGCCAGCUUUAGCACUGACAAGGAUAAGCCCAAGUCCGAUCAGCCCAACCUUCUGAAGUAUCAUGUCUUACCUCUUGAAGAAAUCCUGAAACGCUUCAUGAUAACCGUACAACCAUUGCUGACACUCGAGGAGUUCAAAAAGCAAGAGAAGAUUACUAACGAAUUCCAGAGGAAGGAGGGCGCUAAGCUACAAAAGCUCCUGGAGGAAGCUGGUGAUCAGGAGAGGAACUGGUUAGCCCAUCGCUGGCUGAAGGUUGCCUACUUGCAGUUUCGGUCGCCAGUGACUUGCUUCUCCAGUCCCGGCAUGACCUUUCCCAAACAGAACUUUGAAAGUGCCCAUGAGUUUGUGGACUACACAUCGAGAGUUAUCUUCGGUUUGGGUGAGUUCAAUGACUUGGUGCACGCCAAGAAGAUUCCGAUUGUGAAAAUGGGCAAGAACGAGUUGGACAACAGUCAGUUUGGCAAAGUUUUCGGCACAUGCCGGAUACCGAGAAGGGGUACCGACGAUAUCGUCUACAAUCCGUGCUCUGAUUAUGUGGUGGUUAUCUACCGGAAUCACUUCUAUCAACUGAAAAUAUACGACAAGCAAGGAAAACUUAUAAUUGCACCAUGUCUGGCUGUUCAACUGGAGGAAAUAAUGGCAAAGGAAAAGGAACCGGGAGUGCCUUAUGGAAUCUUGACCACCGAUUCGAGGGACAACUGGGCCGAGGCAUACGAACACCUGUCAAAUACGCCCCGUAAUAGACAUGCCCUGAGAACCAUUCAGAAUGCUAUGUUCACAGUGUCCCUCGACGAGUGCACCAGUCCAAAAGAAGGUCGAGAUGCCGAAGAACUGAUCCUCACGCUGAUCCAUGGAAAGGGCAGCAAGUGCAACAGUGCCAACCGCUGGAUGGAUAAAACGAUUCAGUUGGUGGUGAACCCAAAUGGACACGUUGGAUUCACCUACGAGCACUCGCCAGCCGAGGGCCAACCGAUCGCCAUGAUGAUGGACUAUGUGGUGAAGAAGAUGAAGGAUGACCCUAGUUACGGGGAAUGCGGAUCGGAGGACUUUAUUCCAGCGAAGAAAAUAAUGUUCUGUGAUCUAAGCAAGUGCGUGGAGCAAUGGUUGAUAAUCGCGCAAAAAAACGUGGACAAACUUGUCCAGGAUCUGCAAAUGAAGGUUCUUAAGUUCGAUUGCUACGGCAAGGAUUUCAUCAAGAAACAGCGACUUGGUCCCGAUAGCUUUGUUCAGAUGGCAUUGCAGUUGGCAUUCUUCAAAUUGCACUACGAGCCAGCUGCUCAAUAUGAAUCGGCGCAUUUGCGCAUCUUCGAUGGCGGCAGAACCGAAACCAUCCGUUCGUGCUCCAAUGAAUCCCUGGCCUUUUGUCACGCCAUGGAUGACGUGAGUGCCUCAGCUCAGGAGCGGGCUGGUAAGAUUCGCGAGGCAGUGAUGUGCCAUCAGAUGUAUGCCAAGCUGGCGCUUCUGGGAAAGGGAGUCGAUCGACACCUCUUUGGACUUAAACUAAUGGCGCUGGAGAACUGCCUACCGGUUCCGGAGUUCUUCGCUUCGCCUGGAUAUGUGAAGUCCACGCACUUUCGAAUGUCCACUUCGCAGGUGGCCACCAAAUAUGAUGCCUUCAUGGGAUAUGGACCUUCUGUAGAAGAUGGAUAUGCCUGUUGCUACAAUCCCCGUGAGCAUGACAUCAUUUUGGCCAUAUCUGCAUGGCGACAUUGUCAGGCAACUGAUCACCAAAAGAUCGCCAAGGCGCUUGCGCAGUCCUUUGCUGAAAUGAAGGAUGUACUUGAAGAUUGUCCAGUUUCAAACGACAAGCCGCCCGAGCUUAAGUGCAAAUAUUGAAAUUGUUUUUCUAGAACAUAAUUUGGAUCGAAAAAAAUUUAAUUCCUCCUAUUAAUACGUUCGUUCAGUUCGAAGAGCUAAAUUAAUGCAAGCCCACUUAGUGGGACCAAUUAAAG